CUAGACUCUGUACAAUCUACACAUUCUUUGCCGUUGGUCAUCGUUAUACGAAAAUCGAUACUGAAGUUCAUGAUAUCGAGGUAUCAAGACUGGUUCAACCCGCACAAACCCAAAAACCUCUGAGAACACCUCCGAGAUAUUGGGUCUCAUCUUGUUCAUACCCAACACCGCUACUUCAAGGUCUCCGUCUCCAUCUAUUGCCUCUUCUUUCUAGUGCCCACUCGUCUUUCAAGAAGGAAACGUCAAUAUGGCAUCAUUAUCAGUAUUUAGAUAUCCUUCAAGAUUCGCACCCAGCAAUAUUGGACCAGUCUGGACUACCCUCUUCUACGGAGUUCCCGUGACCAAUAUUGCCAUCCAUCUCGCUUGGCUCGCCGCCCUCCAUCCCAUUUUCUCCUCGCUCCCGAUAGACCGCAGGCGUCUUUCAGCAUUUCUUCACAAGUACUUCAUGCUCAGCUCAAGCAACCCCCGACUACUCACCUUCUUUACCUCAGCAUUCAGUCACACUCAGCCUUUACACCUCUUCGUCAACAUGUCAACAUACAAAACAUAUGUCGAGUCGUUCUAUCUACUCAGUAUAUCGCCGCUACGAUUUGUCAUACUGUCCCUCGGGAGUGCAAUCACCGCUUGCCUUUGUCACAUUUUCAAUGCCCGGAGAGGAAGGGGAGCAAAGAACAGUGCCGAGAGGACAGCUGUCGGGGCAAGCGGAGCCUUGACUGGUCUCGGCACAGCCCUGGCGUUGAUGUUUCCCACGAUGAAGGUCCGCCUUUCCGGAACAAACCAGGUUCUGCCCUUGCGCGUCGUUGUCCUAGGAAUGUUUGCCGUGGACGCCUACUGCCUGAGCACCGAGCGAGACACAGGAGUGGGACAUGCCGGACACCUCGGAGGCGCAGCUUUCGGCUUGGCAUAUUUCUUUUGGAGGAAAGCUACGGGUGCUUUUACUUUGUAACCUCAAGCAAUCUUCAUCUCGAAAUGCAGAGGCUAUGGGUAAAUAUAAAUAUCAAGAUCAACUCUAGCCGCCCAAGGUAUAUACAGGAGAAUGGUAUCCUGGUAACGAAAAGACAAAAAUCCACAGCAUUCACCGCCACCAA